AUCCAAGGGCGAGCUAACACAAAUACAGUCUGAUAAUAGCUCGCUAAAACCACAAACAUUUCACAUAUCCAGCAACACCAGCGGACAAGGUGCAGGUUAGCUGUAUCCCAUGGAUAGUGAGGGAGACCAGAAGGGCAAUGAGAGGCGUGCUAAAACUGGCGGCAAUCAGGCUGCAAGAAUCACACCCGCAUCAUCAGAAAAGAGUAAGAAGAAAAGCAAGAAAAAAACACAAAAACCUCAAACACAAAGCAAAAAGAGAGGGCACGCCUCCACCAGCCCAUCUACCUGUGAGGAGACUGAUAAGACUAGCAGCACCAAGAACCCAACAACACUUCCACUUAUUCUACAAUCCUCUGACUUGCUGUAUACAACCUCGUGUGAAUCCAGCAUUAAGAACGGAGGUUUAAAGACAGAGAAAGACAACAUAUCUGUUAGCACUAAAUGCUCCCCUGGUGUUCAAAAUGUCCCUUUGAAUGAAAGUUUGCGGUGGGUAGGCAUUCUUGAUGAUCCAGUAAAAGAGGAGGAACGAAUUCGCCAAUACAAAAUUAAUAGAAGGAAACGUUACUUAUUAGCAGGUCAGCAGAAUGCCCAUAAUUCAUCAGAAGUUCCAGCAGUGCCAUUGGCAACUAAUAAUGAGAUUAAACGAGACAAUUCCAAUCCUUACUUUUUAGGAUAUAAAGGACAUGGCAGGCCACAACAGCCAUCAACAGAGCUUAAAUUCCCAGCAUUGGUAAACAUACUUAAAAAUGGCCUAUGAAACUGCUUCAAUCAUAAUGGCAUACAAAACUGCUUAGCCACAGCUAGUCAAUGCAGAUAAUCUCCAUAAUUAUUUUGUUAGAGCGCAUGUACCACUAGAAUGUAAGCUCAUUGAGCAGGGCCCUCCACCUCUCUGUUCCUGUACGUCCAAUUGUCUGGUUAAAAUUACAUGUCUGUUAGUCCACCCAUUGUACAGCGCUACCGAAUCU